GGACGUCUCUGUCGGCGGCACCAGGUGCGUUCAAACCUGUGGCAGACCAACGCUGCCAGAUGUUUCUCCGCUCAGUCACAACGGGGUGGAUCUCAGCUGCGUCGACAGUCGGCCGGUGAACGUUUCCGCCCGUCAGGUUUUGUUUUGUUUUUUCCUCCAGCCUGCCCACAGGUAUGAGGGACUCUCCCAGACGCGCAACGCUUCAGCGGAAGACGCUCCACGACGCACCGCCGAGGAUUGCGCCCGUGUUUUGAUCGGACUUCUUUGCGAUCGGGGCGGCUCGGAGAGGCUACACUGAGGAGGAGGACAAUGGGAGAGGCUUGAUUGUCGCGUUUUUUUUCCCCCUACCUCGGCGCUGUCAACUCCGCUGCGUUUUACGCACAAGAAGAAGCGCUCGGGAUUAUUAUUAUUAUUUUUAUUAUUAUUUAUCGUUGCAACCGAGGCAACUGCGCGCACCGACAAGAAGAGAGGAGCGGACUGUUUUUAAGGCACGAACGGACCUCAGCAUCAGGUGAAAAAUCAACACCAGUAAAUGUGGAGAGGAUGAAAUUCCCAACAGGGCGAGAGAUUAACUCCCGGGGCUUCAUCGAGCUGCGUCACCUCGAGUUAAUUUAACAAGCAGAAUAAAUAAAUAAAUAAAUAAAUAAAAUAAAAUAGAAAGGGGUGGGGGAGGCUUAAGUGUUUUGAAAGGAGAGCAAUCAUGUCCAGAACACUGAAGAAGAAGAAACACUGGUCCCAUAAAGUGGUGGAGUGCGCCGUGUCCUGGGGGAACCUGGGGGACUUUGGCUCCGUGGUGGAGGUCCUGGGAGGAGCGGAGGUGGGACAGUUCCCCUACAUCGGCCAGAUGAAGCUGGACGUGCUGGUGUGUCACGUCGGGAAGCUGCCCUACUACGGAGACGUGCUGCUGGAGGUCAACGGCACGCCCGUCAGUGGACUUACGAACCGCGACACCCUGGCCGUCAUCCGGCACUUUCGGGAGCCGAUUCGCUUGAAGACCGUCAAACCAGGUAAAGUGUUGAACACGGACCUGCGCCACUACCUCAGUCUGCAGUUUCAGAAGGGCUCGCUGGACCACAAACUCCAGCAGAUCAUUCGGGACAACCUCUACCUACGUACCAUACCCUGCACCACACGGCUUCCUCGAGAGGGAGAAGUGCCUGGUGUGGACUACAACUUCAUCAGCGUCGGAGACUUCAGGAUCUUGGAAGAGAGUGGACUUCUGCUGGAGAGCGGGACCUACGAUGGUAACUACUAUGGUACCCCAAAGCCUCCAGCAGAGCCCAACUUGGUGCAGCCUGACCUGGUGGAUCAGGUGCUGUUUGAUGAAGACUUCACCGGCGAGGUCCCCAGGAAACGCACCACCUCGGUCAGUAAAAUGGAUAGGAAGGACAGCAUUGUGCCUGAGGAGGAGGAGGAUGAUGACAGGCCCCCACUGGUCAAYGGAUUGCCUGGUCAGUUUUUUCUUUCUUUUUUGAAUCACAACACUAAAACAACCACAUGGCUGGACCCCCGCUUGGCGAAGAAGGCGAAGCCCCCCGAGAAGUGUGAGGAUGGCGAGUUACCCUACGGCUGGGAGGAAAUUGAUGACCCACAAUAUGGAACAUAUUACGUGGAAAGUGUUGAAAUGUCCACUUUUUGCCCAGGUAAAGGAGGGUCACUUGGCUUCACUGCAGACCCCAACCAGCUGAAGGGAGAGAUGUACCACACCGCCCUGAAAAAAAGCGCCCAGGGUUUUGGAUUUACCAUCAUAGGAGGUGACCGCACAGACGAGUUCCUGCAGGUAAAGAAUGUGCUCAGUGAUGGCCCUGCUGCCCAGGACAACAAGAUGGCAUCCGGUGACGUGAUUGUUGAAAUCAAUGGGACAUGUGUGCUCGGGAAGACUCAUCCGGAGGUGGUGAAGAUGUUUCAGUCUAUUCCCAUCAACCAAUAUGUGGACUUGGUUCUCUGUCGCGGUUACCCACUCCCCCCUGACGUGGACGCAGACAGUGACGACCCGCUUCCCCCUCCUCCUCCUCCCCCGGCAUCUCAGCCUCAGCAGGCGCUGCACGGUGGAGAAGUGGUGACGGCCGUUCCCCUCAUCAACGGGCAGCCGCUGCUGGUGAAAGGCGACGUCCUCCACGGCUCGUCGCAGGAGCUCCACUAUGUUACCACCGACGCCAGCGGCAGGCCCGUCGUUGCUGCCUUGCCGAACGGGAGGCAGCCCGAGAGGGGCGAGGGGCCCUCGGGACUUCUUCAGCCGGAGCUGGUGAGUGUGCCGCUGGUCAAGGGGCCUGGAGGGUUUGGGUUUGCCAUCGCUGACUGUCCCCUGGGCCAGAAAGUGAAGAUGAUCCUGGAUGCCCAGUGGUGCCGUGGACUACAAAAGGGAGACGUGAUUAAGGAGAUCAACAGGCAAAAUGUGCAAACACUUAGCCACGCGCAAGUGGUUGACAUCCUCAAGGACUUCCCGGUUGGCAGUGAGGUCAAUCUGCUAGUUCUGAGAGGAGGUCAGACAUCCCCUGUGAAGACACUAAAGCCUAGACAAGAAAUGACGGCCAGCACAGAAACGCUGGACGCAAUCACAGACGCGAUGCCCCAGGCCUUACCGUACCACUCCAACACCAACACCCUGCGCUCCUCCGACUCCCCCAAGAGAGACGCCACCGAGUUGUACCUCAAGUCAAAAGCCCUCCUGGAGAGCAGACAGCCUUACACCAAAGACAUAGAUGUUUUUCUGAAGAGAGACAUUGAAACAGGCUUUGGGUUUCGUGUUUUGGGCGGAGAAGGUCCCCAGCAGCCAAAUGUAUUUCCCCAGGUUUACAUCGGGGCCAUCGUGCCCAGCGGAGCUGCAGAGAAGGACGGUCGUCUCAGAGCGGGAGAUGAGCUUAUCGGCAUUGACGGAGUCAUGGUCAAAGGUCGCUCUCACAAGCAGGUCUUGGACCUGAUGACCAAUGCUGCCCGCAACGGUCAAGUUAUGCUGACUGUUCGUCGGAAGGUCAUCUACAGAGAUGCAACUGAUGAAGAUUCUAAAGAAAUGGCUCCUGUGCUGGUGAACGGUUCUCCCAAACUACCUCACCUGCCGAUGCCCAGUGCACUGGACCACGAGUCUUUUGACAUCACGCUCCACCGCAGGGAGAAUGAGGGCUUCGGCUUUGUUAUCCUCACAUCCAAGAGCAAACCACCGUACGGCGUUAUCCCUCACAAAAUUGGCCGGAUCAUUGAAGGCAGUCCCACUGACCGCUGCGGCCUGCUCCACGUUGGAGAUCGUAUCUCAGCAGUCAACGGCCGCUCCAUCAUUGAGCUCUCUCACAAUGACAUUGUUCAGCUUAUCAAGGAAGCCGGCACUGUCGUCACCCUGACUGUGGUUCCUGAGGACGAAUACAAGGGCCCUCCAUCUGGAGCAAGUUCAGCUAAACAGAGUCCAGCUCUUCAACACAGAGCUCUGGGGCAAAGGUCAGCUCUUCAAGAUGAACGUUAUAACCUGGACCUGGAGGAGAAAAGGGAAGCAGCAAACUGGUCCGACCAAAAGACUCUUCCUCUUGGUGAGCCGGGAACGUUGUGUGUAACAGGACCCAACCAGGGCUGCCUUACGGUGGAGUUGGAGAGAGGUCCCAUGGGUUUUGGUUUUAGUUUGCGGGGCGGCACCGAGUACAACAUGGGUCUGUAUAUUCUGAGACUCGCUGAAAAUGGAGCUGCUCAGCUGGAUGGAAGAAUCCACRUUGGAGAUGAGAUAGUGGAGAUAAAUGGCGAGCCAGCUCGUGGAAUUUCCCACACACGAGCGAUUGAAGUGAUCCAAGCUGGAGGAAACAAAGUGGUUCUGCUGCUGAGACCCGGAGCAGGUCUGGCCCAAGAUGGGAAUCAACGUCAUCAAAAAAUCAUCGCACCGACAAGAAAAUCCGAAGAGGUGUUUUUCUCCGASACGUCAUCCCAACCCUCUCCACGUCCCGCCGGGGCUUCCGUUUUCCUUUCCCCUGCCUCCUCCAGCAAGCUGAAACAUUCUCRCAGCUGGAGCACCAAAUCCCAGCAGGUCCAAGAGCCCCGCCGCAGCAGGGGCUUGGGUUCACUGGAGGAGAGUGAUGAGUGGGCGGAAAAGAAGGCAGACAGGCUUUCUCCCAUCUCCUACGAUCAAACGAAGUUCCACAAGAGAGCCGCGUCCACAAAGGACUCCAGAGAGCUAAGCAGCCCAAAGAAAACAGGGGAGACAUUUCCUAAACCCAAAGAGCAACUUCCCAGUCCCAAAAUGAUGGAGCAUGAGGCACAGGGAGCAGCAGCGAGCAGGAGCAGGAUGUCUCCAACAAGUAACUCAAACACACAAACCGUAAGACUGGACAAGGCUCACACUGGAGCACGAGUGGUUUCAACGAUGCAGCGUGCAGGGCAACAACAAGGCCAUCACAGGAGAUUAAAGGAUUCUUCCAGCAAAGACACCCACGGUACUGAACAURAAACCAGUGAAAGAGAAAACCGGGACAUGCGAAGAUACACAAUAGGAAGUGGAGAAAGGCCCAACGUAGAGAAGGAAAGCUUUAAACGAAGGGUAGCGGGAGAGUCUCGUCCUCACGGGCUGUUGCCCGUAAAAGAGAGCGAAGGACGARGAAGCAGGGACUCAGAACACAGAGAGGUUAACGGAAACAUCAAACCGGCAGAAAGCAAGAGAACGAGUAAAGGGAYAACUAACAAAAGGGAUUCCUUAUCAUUUUUUAAAGACAUUUGGAGUAGAAAAGAUUCACCGACGGAGAGGAAAGAACAAAAGAGUAAAUCAUCCAACUCCAAAGAAGACUUUGUUGCCUCCACAAACAGUAUYCCAGGGUCCUUCCAGAGCCCAAAAGGAUCUCUUAGUCCUGGCCCUUGGAGAGUACCAAACUCUGCCAAAAUCCUGACUGAAGACGAAAUUUUCCGUAACCCUUUGUGACAGAACAUUUAACCUCCUCGAGACGAACUGUGCCAUGAAAUAUUUCACAACAGUGGAUUCUUUUUCAGAGUUCUUCCAUGAGACGGAGAAGUGCGACGUGUUGUCCCUUUCAUACCUUUGGAACGUGGCCAGAAUUUUUUCAACUGGGAGUUCUGUGAGAUCACACGUGGCAUGUAGCACUCCCCCUCUGCCUUUUUCCGCUGCUUCGGCCUUUUUCUUACAGGACUUCGGCACGUGCCCGGGGCCUUGUCAGACAAGACAUUUUUAAAAAUGUGAAAAAAAUGUGCCAAUCCUGGGAGUCUCCUGCGGAACAUCAGCUACCAACAAGCGCUUCACUCAUCACAAUGCAACGACCCAUAUGCAAAGCAAAGAAAAAGGGCCCUGCCUCUGGUCUGUAGUACACACUCAGUGUGACGGUCAUAGAUUUUUCUUUUUUUAUUUUAGCCUCAGCCUCAUUCUUGAGUAUUUAGACCCUCUUUUUCUUAAAGGUUUGCCCAGCUGCAUGCACUUAAUCCUUUCUGUUUUACUGCACGUGUUUCUGCACAUCACCAAGGAUAAACCACUCUCUUGUUUAUUAUUCUCAUUCCAGACAGCAGGCAGAUUUCAAAUACAAUUGAGCAAGUGUUUACUUUCACAGCUACUCUAGACUGUUCUAUGGGCAUAUUCAUGACUCUCCUUCAUACAAACAGUUUCAUUAAAAAGACCAGAAACUUGUGGUUUGAUAUUUUGUUUACCAUGUGUAUAAUAAGAAACCAGUGUGUAAUUUAUUGAGGUGAUAGAUGAAAAAUACUGUAUAUGUAGCUGUACCGAACCAUUCCUCAUUUUGAUAUAGACUUUUAAAAAGAAAUGCCCCGUGUUUUUAAAGCUUUCAUCCUAAUCCCAAUGUAUUUCAGUGCUAGGAAUUACCAUGGAUCUUUCACAGUAGUUCAUGAAACGUAUAAGUGUUACAUUCAAACUGCUGUGCCAAAUGUCUGCGAUUGCUCAAAAUGUCUCAUCGUGAAAUAUGAUAUAUAGAAAUAUAUAUGUACAUAUAUAUAUAUAUAUUUGAAUGUGUCAUAAUUUCCAGAGGAUAACUACUGAAUUUUAUUGCACUGCAUCAGCCCUUGUAGCAUAAUAGAACAAGUCGUAUUUAAUUUGUGAAGUUUACWUAACUCAUUGUUAUUUACAACGUACUGGUAAUAUAAAGAAUUUACGAAAAGAUAUUUAAGAUUUGCUAAAGGGUUCACGGCUAAAAUGCAAAAUGAAUAGAGAAAAAAAAUCUUUAGGUUACACUGUGUGUAUCUGUCCAUCCUGCUGUGUGACUGUGCGCUAAAKGCUAGCAUGAAGGAUGAUAGAGGCCAGAGUUGUGUGGAGUUUUGCAGAAAUAUUGUCAGUGCUGUUACUGAUGUAGGGCUGGUGUUUCAGAGAUAAUCCRGUCAUCUCUGAAGUGAUGUUCUGUCCACUAGUUUUCAACCCAUCGUAAUGUCUGCUGUAAAGCAAGGAGGACAUUAUUAUGACCCCCGCAUGUGAAGCAGGGGUCACUGUUUAUUUUUUGUUUAUUUUUUUUCCAAGAUUUUUUGGUCAACCAUAGCACAUAAAAGGCUGCACCGAUCAACUUGAAAUUAGGUAGGAAUGUUGAUAUGACUGACCUACACUGAGCCAGCCAACAAUUUUACGAUAGACCCCAUAUUUGAGGAGGGGGCUCCAUCUAAAAAUUGGGUGUCUGGACAUCAAAUAUGUUUAUAACUCAAAAACUCUUCAACAUAGGAGAUUCAGAUUUUUUAUUUUUUCCAGCUCUGAUGAAGKGCUAUCCAUCAGGCCCACCAAUGACACCCCCACCCUAUCUGAAAAGGGGGUGUCUGGACUAACAAAAUUACUCAGAACUCAAAAAGUAUUCAACAUAGGAGCUUCAGAUCUUUUUUUUUUUAGCUCUGAUAAAGGGCUGUCCAUCUGGCUCACCUCACCAAUGACCCCCCCCACCCCUGACCCCCACACCACCUGAAAAGGAGGUGUCUGGACUAACAAAAUUACUUAGAACUCAAAAAGUAUUCAACGUAGGAGCUUCAGAUUUUUUUAUUUUAUUUUAUUUUUUAAGCUCUGAUUGAGGGCUGUUCAUCUGGCUCACCAAUAAGCCCCCCCCCCCCACACACACACACACACC